AACUGCAAAAGUGGUCGUUUCUUUUUGCACUUUAUGAAAAGCGAAGAAUGCACAAGCCAGGAUUAUGUAAUAUUACGGGGCAGCAUGUGACAUGUCACAUGACAAUGCCCCGUAUUACAUAUAGACAUGUCAGGUCGAAUGGUUCGGGCAGCACAUAACUGAAAUUUCACAACUAUAAGCAAGGCUUCAAAACUGGGAAGCAAAACAAUCAACUUUCCUUACCCCUUCGCCCAAUUCAAUUGGAUAACAAACGCUGAGGUUUUGGAAAUCAUACAAUGGCCAGUGAAGCAGCUGAAGCUCCAGUGCUUCCGGAGAACCCUUCGGUCAAACCAGUUGCUCAGCAAACGGAUGUGCUGGAAAAGGCACACGCAGCUCCCAGUGGGGAGGUUUCUCAGACAGUAAGCAUUGAGGACGUGAAGAAAGCGGAAGCGGAGGCUCUAAAGGCUGUCAGAAAGCCCGUCAAUGCCACAGCAGUUGGUUGGAAGCAGAUUGGUGAAUGGGAGGAAAAGGAUGAAUUGACACUGGACGAUGAACUCAUGGAUCUGACUACACCGACGUUACUGGAUUCGUUCAUCCCUGAAGCUGCUUAUGGUGAUUGGUAUCACACCGUGGGGCUGUUUAUUGCAGCAGGGUUGCUCUCAUUCAUCUUUAGUUGGUUCAACUUUUCUCUGGCUCCAGUGUUCUUCAUCACGCUGUUCGCUGGUAUCUACUACAGAACCUCCAUCAAGAAGUACAGAUCUGUUUUGAGAGAUCAAAUCCAGAUGGAAUUCACUGCUCAAAAGAUUGAAAAUGACUACGAAACCAUGGAUUGGCUAAACACCUUUUUGGACAAGUACUGGACCUAUUUGGAACCUUCAAUCUCGCAAAUCGUGUGUGAACAGGUGAACCCGAUCUUGGCUUCGCAAGAGAGUAUCCCAGCUUUUGUCAAGGCCAUCUGGAUCGACGAACUGACAUUAGGUACCAAACCUCCAAGAAUUGACCUCGUCAAGACUUUGGAUAUCCCUAAGAACGACGUUGCAGUGAUGGACUGGGGGUUCUCGUUUACGCCAAAUGACAUCGUGGACAACAGUGCUAAGCAGUUGAAGAACCAUGUUAACCAACGUGUUGUCGUUAAGGCCAAUGUUUUCGGUGUUACACUCCCUGUUGUUGUGAGAAACGUUGCUUUUAAAUCUUGGGUCCGCGUGAGAUUUAAAAUGAUGACACACUUCCCACACAUUGAAACUGUGAGUGUCAGUUUAAUGGAGCCCCCACAGUUUGAUUUCAUCUCUACCAUCUUUGGUGAGUCCAUCUUCAACUGGGAAAUCCUCGCAAUUCCAGGUUUAUACCCAUUUAUCAACGAAAUGAUUAAGAAAUUUGCCGGACCAAUGCUCUUUGAGCCUUUCUCUUUCCAAUUGAAUGUGCCACAGCUGUUGUCGGGUUCUAACACCUCAAUCGGUAUCAUUGCUGUUCACCUAAGAGAGGCAAAGAACCUACGUGCUGCAGACAGAGUCAUUGGCAAUACCGUUGAUCCUUAUGUUACUUUCCGCUUCCAUGGCCAGAAAAAAGUCUUUGCAAAGUCAAAGACCAUCCUGGAUACCUCUCAUCCGAAAUGGGACGAGACUGUCUAUGUUCUUGUUGGGUCGUUUACUGAACCAAUGGUUCUUACAUUCUUUGACUACAACGAUGACCGUAAGGAUAAGCAGCUGGGAAAAUUGCACAUUUCCAUGAAUGAGGUUUCCGCUAAACCUGUGGCUAAGAACCAAGUUGGUCAAAUCCUCAGAAGUUCUAAGCCAUGUGGUGAGCUGUUGUACGAUUAUGAGUUCUUCCCAACUCUGGAACCACAGAGAUUGGAUGAUGGGUCUGUUGAACCAGCUCCUGAAUUAAACACCGGUUUAACGAAGCUUGAGCUCACAGAGAUUCGUAACGUUAAAACGGCUGAGAAAGCCUUGUCCUCAUACACUGAGCUUUACUUCAACGAUGAGCUUGUUGGCACCACGAAGGUGUUCAAGAACAACGAUAACCCAUCGUUCUCCAUCCCAUUGGAGACUAUCGUCACUGAUCGUCGUAAGGCUAAAGUGAAGGUCAUUGUUAAGGAUCCAAAGGGCAAGAUUAUUGCAGCCAGUGUGCAAUCUUUGAACAACUUGAUUGAUCGUACCGAAAUCGACAAGCCAUGGGUCCCAUUCUCCAAAGGUGAAGGUGAAUUCAAGUUCUCUGCUGUCUGGAAAUCUGUUGAGAUACCGAAUGUUCCAGGUUCUGGUGGUUACACUGAUCCUAUAGGUGUUGUCCGUGUCUUGUUCAACAAGGCUGAAGACUUACUCAACUUGGAAAAGUUUGGUAAAGUUGAUCCAUAUGCUCGUGUCUUGGUUAAUGGUACGCAGAAGGGUAGAACUGACAUGAUUCCCGAUGAAUUGAAUCCAGUGUGGAAUAAAGCUGUUUGGAUUACCGUUUCUUCUCCAAACCAAAGACUUACCGUCGAGGUGAUGGACUACGAGAAGAACGGCGACGACCGUUCUUUGGGCUCUUUCAACCUCACAACUUCUGAAAUCAUCAACACUGACGAUGACGGCAAGUACGUUGAGUACAUCGACACCGAGCUGAGAACCGGUAAACUGGUUACCAAGAAGAAGGGUCCAAGGGGCAUUGUCACCUACGGAUUGAGCUUCUACCCAGUUACUCCGGUAAAGAGUGUCGAAGACAUCAAAGAGGAGCUGAUGGCAAAGCAAGCAAGAGAGGCCAAGUACCAACGUGAAAGAGAAGCUGGUAAAACCAAGGAGGAGAUUGAGAAGGAGAAGAAGGAAGAAGAGAAGGAAAAGGACGAGGAGCUCGAUGACAUUGCAGACACUUCAAAGGCUGAGAUGCCUCUUACAGAGCUAAUCACGCACCCAGUUGGUGUAUUUGUAUACUCUAUCAUCGCUGGUGAGUUUGCCUCUGUGAACUCGUACUUGCAGUUGUACUUCGAUGCUGCUCCUCAGGCUGCCUACACGUCUCAGGAAAUCAAGACCAAGUACAUUACAACACCAUCCACCGGUGAUGUUAUUGUUAAAGAGUUGGAGUGGUCCACAUGUACAUUCCGUCUCGUCAAGAAGAAACGUUCAAAUCGUUCUGCAGAAGCUAUCGCAGAGACAACAAUCCCUACGCUGAGUCUGUUGAAGAACUCUUAUGACGAGCCAAACGUCUUAACGAUGCAAGGCUCAGGCACACACAAGAUCAAGAUCCAGACUCGCUGGAUUCCAUUGCAGACGCAGACGCUACCACCGUCAGACCUCAUCACAAACAGUGGUAACCUGGAUCUGGACAUUCUGGCGUGUGAGAACCUACCGGCUGCUGACUCGAACGGCAAGUCUGAUCCAUUCGUGAAGUGUUACCUCAAUGAUGAGGAGGAUAACUUCUUCAAGACCAAGACAGUUAAGAAGACUCUCAACCCGGUCUGGGACGAUGCAAAGACCGCUGUUGAGAUUGACAACCGUGUCAACACGAAGAUCAGGUUCAAAGUUCGUGACUGGGACUUUGGUGCAGGCCAGGAUGACGUCCUUGGUGACGGUGUCCUGGACCUUGCCGAAAUCGACCCAAUCAACCCUACAAAGAUCACCAUUCCACUUGUCGGUGAAAAGGGAGAGAAGGCUGGUACUUUGAUCGUGAAGGCCUCCUUCAGACCUGGCUAUGUUAUUCGCGUGAACGCUUCACAGACCAACGUCGCAGACGUUGGCCUGAAGAGCAUUGGCACCGGCAUUGGCGCUGGCCUGAAAGGUGGUAAGGCCAUUGUGGGUGGUGGUGUUGGUAUCGUUGGCAAGGUGAAGAAGGGGAUCUUUGGAGGCAAGAAGGACGAGUCCGAUGACGAGGAGGCAAGCUAGCCUUCAUCGGACAAGCAGGCCCGAGGCGUCCAUAUAGCUGUGUACUAGCAAUUUAUGUCUAUGAAACCAGUUAUCUUUGUAUAUCUGCAGAAUGCCAGUUCUCGCCUCUGAUUGGCCAGUUUAUCUUAGCAAAAUAAACAAAGCCGUUUAUCGCGCGUGUCG